GGUCGAAACGGUACGCGGUGGUGCCGGUAGCAGUGCAUCAACCUCUCCACCGACGAGUGGCUCUAGUCCGGAGUCACCACCGCAAGUAACGGUUGUGCACGGUGGUACUGGUGGUGGUGCUGGUGGUCCUGGAGGUGCUAACAGCGGGAUCGGUGCCGUCCUCAGCGUGGCCUCACUUUCGCCCGUCGCACGGCAGGAACUGUCCGCCGUAUGGCACUGCUACUGCCAUCUGAUGGAUGAGAUCAAUAAUGUGAAGCAAACGCUUGGCAAAGAUGGUCGAUUCCAGUUGUUUAUCUGUUUGAGUUUGAGGGAACACCUGCUGCACAGGAUGCUAGUACCGAUGGCCUAUACCCGCGUGACGGCAGAGAUGUACGAGGAGCAGAGCUUCAUGCGCAAGAAGGGACUGCUAACGUUCCUGCGCCAGAUCCUGGAACCACUGGACGAGUUUCAUAUAGUGCUGGAAAAUUCCAUUACACAAGGUAUCGGAUCGCACUGCUAGGCUGGUUCGGGUUGCUGUUCGAUCGAUUUCUGAUCGUGUAGAACGAAAAUACUCACUCUCUCAAUCUCUAUGAUGGUAGCUGGUGUCCCAUGCGCCAAGGAACUUACACAGAACUAAGUAUAUGUGCGUGUGUGAGUUGGUGCGUAAGUGGUGAUUUCAUUUGUGACGAUACGUGCUAUUUUACUUUAAACUAUGUAGUUAAAAAUCCUCUUUUUUACUAGUAGAGUAUCGGUCUGGUGACCUCUUGCUCGCAAAAUUCGAGAUUUCCAUUAAACCAAAUAAGCAAACCCCAACACAUCAAACACAGGAACAAUCUGCAAGAUUAGCUAGUAAGUUUAGUUUAGAUAUAUGAGUGACCUUUUACACGGAGAAGAAUCAAUCAUAACGAAUGCUGAGCGUUCGAUCUUACAAUCGGUUCACGAGUUGUUGUCGACAUCCUAUUUACGAUUUUUUUUUAUUGCUUUUGUUUAGUUAAGUCCUUUAACGAUAGAGACUGAUGGAGAAAUAGUAGAAAUGGAGAAUAGCCCAGUGAUCUUACUGCAAUUCGGUCACGAUCACGUCGAUCCUAAAGCACAGCAACGAUGGCCAAAGAAUGAGAUAGACGAACUCAGAAGAAGAAGGGGAAGAGGAAGAAGACAACUCAUUGUAGUACGUAAGCAAGGUGACGGAUCCCAGUAAAUGAAAAGGCAGGAAAUGAACGGAUGAAUGAUCGUCGAUGUCAGUGUGAAGUGUAUAAAAAGUUAAGUAUAAUUUGGGAGAACCAGGUUUUCAAUUUUGUUUGCUUUUGGAGCUUCUCCUGCAGAUGCUCUUUCUUGCCAGUUGAUUGUUGAGUUUAAUGUUAGCUACUUUCCCUUGUUUAUGCGUUGGUUUGUCGGUUGGUUUUUUUAAAAUUUUGUUGUUCCUUUUACAAAAAUCUUCAUCAUUUGUUGCAUUACAAACCACCAAAUGCAGGCUGCGUUGCGUACCGACGAAUCCCAGAACCAAUAGUCAUCGAUGGUAUCAUCUCUGUGUGUUAGUGAGUGUGUGUGUGUGUGUGCGUAAUAACUCUGUGCCAAACAACCCGCAAUCCUCGAAUUGAUAUGAAUAGUAAGUAGUAGCUGUCGUUAGAAUGAACCAAAUUCUCGUUUGGUGGUUGCAAGUUGCGAUAUUGCAGAAUCUCGAAAAACUUGCGCGGUGAGAGUGUGUGAUGGUAUAUGGGAUGGGGAGAUCGAUCGACUCCUUGACUCAAAGUAGCACAGAGCUUUCUUUUUUGUUCUCGUGUGAACUUUUACCCUCGCCUUCCCUUUCCCUAUACGCUCUAUGUGUGUAACUGCCGGUUUCAUUGGUUCUUCUACUUAACUCAUAUUCCUUCAAACUAUCUGCAUGUAACAAUGCUCCAGUGAUGAGUGCUACCAUUGAUGCAUACCAUUCGAUAUUAGUCAAGCGUAUAUUUAGAGAUCGGUGUUAGUAGCAGAUUAGAGUUGAAGACAUCGAAGCCGAAUGAGAGAGAACGGAUGGCCCUGUGAGUGCACCUGCAUGAUGCGUGUGUUCGAUGGGGCCAUCCAAAUGGUACGACUCCCCUCCAAUUACCCUGUGUCUUCGUGAACAUGAAAUGUAAAACUAACGUGACGAAAAUAAAACAAAACUCAUAGUCGUUUCCAACCGAAAACCCCGUAUCAACGAGCACCAGGUAUCUUUGUUUUUUAUGU